GUAGCCGAUCAGAGUGGUGACCUCACCAUCGUGGAGGACGUCCGUGGUAACAUCCAGGUUCGAGGGCUUUCGACUCCUGUGGGUGGCACUGAAGAAGAGGCCUUGCACAUCUUCUUCCAGGGCGACACGAACCGUCACGUUGCGGAGCAUGCCCUCAACAAGGGGUCAACGCGCUCCCACGUAGUGUUCACCAUAUACGUUGAGAGUAGAUCUCGCGUGGAGUCCAGCGAGAAG